CCUCGCUGCGAGCUGGGCUGGUGCGCGCCGCGGGUUCCCGCUGGCGCUGGGCGCUGACCGUGGUGCUGAGCGCUCAGCUCGCGCGGCACCGCUCCCGCCGGGUCACUACUGCGCCCUGGGACACUCCCGAGGCCCAGGAUACUGAGGGCUGGACAGUGGGAGGCAUGGCAAAUGCCAAAACUACUAGGCACUGGGCACCAGCAGCAUGGAGCUAAAGAGGGGAAAGACCUUCAUCAAAUCCAGCCUGCAGAUUUCCCAUGAAAAACCCUCAGACUCAGCAGCUGCUGCUCCAGUCAGGGAGGACGCAGGCCCCUGGUCAGUCUCACUGGGAGGGCAGCAAAGGCUCCAUGGUGAGAAAGGCUCCCAGGUGAGUCCUAGUGACCAAGGGCAUGGCAGGUACCCCAAUAAGGGAGCUCAGCCCCACCCUGAUGGAGGCCCUGCAGCCCUCUGUGGAGCCACCUUCAAGCUAGUGCGGAAGAGCAAGACUCAUGAUAGUGUUCCAGAAGCCAGCAGGGCAGCCACCACCACAGGGCAACUGGUGGGCAGCACAAGCUUCCCAGGGCCUCCCAGUGGCCCACACAUAAUUGACUACCGCCACUUUGUGCCCCAGAUGCCCUUUGUGCCAGCUGUGGCCAAGAGCAUCCCAAGAAAGAGAAUUUCCCUGAAAAAACCCAAGAAGUGCUUCCGGAACCUAUUCCACAUCCGCAGAAACAAGACUGAGAACUUAGCUGCCCUUGAAGGCAAAGGAAAGAGCCUGUCCUCCCCUGGAGACCCAUCAGUUGUUGCAGGGCGACAAGGUCAAGCCUUCUUCUCCCUGGAGGAAGGCCUGGGGUUGGACAUUCUGGGCCAGGACGUGUCUGACAGCGAGCUCCUGCCUGACUCUCUAGACCUGUGCCGGGUCUUGUGUGAAGAUGUGGCCUCCCUCAAGAGCUUCGACUCACUUACAGGUUGUGGAGAGAUCUUUGCAGAUGAGAGCUCAGUGCCAACCCUAGAGCUCAAUGACAGCCCCGUGAGCCCCUCCCAGGUGUCUCAGGCCCUGGAGAGCAAAGCUUCCAGAGGCCCCUCCCAGGGCAGCAUAGAGCAGCUGGCUUUGCCCACCCAGAAUGAGGUGUCUGAUUUCACUAAGUUCUGGGACAGCGUCAAUUGUUCAUUUCGUCAGCAGCAGUGCACCCUGCUGGGCCCAUGGCUGGAGGGGCCCCAGGGGACAGACACAGCCAAGCUGAGACCCGAUGUGGCUGGGUUGGCCGAGCUGCCCCUGUUCCCCUGUAGGGGCCCUCCCAGCGGAUCCAAAGCCAGCUCCACAGACACAGGCACCCCCAAAAGUGAGCAGCCAGAAUCUGUGUCCACAAGUGAUGAGGGCUACUAUGACUCCUUCUCACCAGGCCUCGAGGAAGACAAAAAGGAGGCCCCAAGCCCCAGCACACCUGCGGCUGCCUUUCCCAGGGACAGCUAUAGCGGGGAUGCCCUUUAUGAGCUGUUCUAUGAUCCCAGUGAGGGUCCUGUUGGCCCGAGCCUGGAUGAUGAUCUCUGUGUGUCUGAGAGCCUGUCAGGCCCAGCCCUGGGGACACCACUGUCCAUGUGCAGCUUCCAUGUUGGGGCUGAGGAGAACCUCGCCCCAGCACCCAGCCCCGACCUGCUUGGCCAGGGCUUCCUGCAGAGCUCUUGGAAAGGCAAGGAGUGCCUGCUGAAGCUCUGUGACACGGAACUGGCCAUCACCAUGGGCAUUGUCAACUGGCUCCGCCGUACCCCACCUGUUGCCAGCCCUGUCCCCAUGGAGCCCAAAGACCCAGAGAAAAAACUGGAGGGCAAGAGGGACCAGGCCCCGGAUGUGGGCAGCGCCACAGUAUGCUUGGCACCUGGCAAGAAGACGCACCUGAACACCCAAAGCCUGCUUGCUGGAGAGAGUAUGUUUCCAGGGGGAAAGGCAAAGGGGACCACGAGCCCAUCCCAGGACCACCCCCUGGAGGAAAGGCCCCGAGGCCACCCUGAAGGCUCGCUCUCCUCUGUGGAGUCUGCAGCCAGGGCAGCAACAGAUACUUCUAGGAAAAGCAAAACUGUAAGCCUGCCUGCCUGGCCCACUUCACAGAAGGGGGCAGGGCCAGCUGGAAACCCAAGGCAAUGCCAAGGCCCUUGGAGGCCUGGUUACGGGGGGAAGACUCUAGAGGCAGGGCCUGCCCUGGCGGGGGGUUGUUUGGCCCAUGUGGCAGCCCUGCAGAUGCACUUAGAUGGCCAGCCUCUCACACAGGACAUAGGUAGUGGGUUCUUCAGGCAGCCUCAGGCCUGGGACCCCAACUUUCUGCAGCAAAAACAGACUAGCAGCUCCCCUAGUGGGGUCACUAUCUGUUGUCUGCCCUCCUUGGCCAGCUCACAAGACCAGAAGCAUCCAAACUUCAUCCUGAACCUGAGCCAGCUCAGAUUGGAGCUCCCCAGGUUGGGUGCCCAGGCCUGCACCUCUGUGGAGGACCUGAACCUGCAGCGCAGCCCCAAGGCUGUGGGUCAGACAGCACACAGGGGUUAUCUGGACUGUGGGUCUCCCUCAGCCCCUGCUGCCCAGGGGAAGCCCCAAGGCCAGUCCACAGAAAUCCUGAGCCUCACUCUAGAUAGCCUGCGGUAAAGGGCUCCUCUACAAGUGUCCCUAAAUGCUGCCGCAGACUCCUGGCUUGCAGUGGGGCUUGGAAGUGAUGGCCCUCAGGCCAGUCAUGACCAAGCCCCACCCAUAGUACAGGCUCACCCUCCCAGAAACUGUCUUUAUGGCCAUAUUCAGGAGAUACUAGGACCCAAAUCUCCAUGUUUUUCUCUUGAUGUAAAGACUGUUGGGGGAAGUAGGGGCAGGACUCAGGCAAGCAAGAAGUGAGAUAUUUCCAUGAGGAGGUAUUUUCAGCUAAACCUAAGACCAAGGACAGCUUAAAACUGCAAACACCUCACUGUUCUUCAAGCAGCAUGUUAGAGAGGAGCUCAGGUCUGAGACUGAUGGAAAAAGAAACGGUCCACACUGUAAAUGAGAAAUUGAUAGUCAAUCUGUUGGCUUGUGUUGUGUGGGAAGCAUGAGGUCCAAGGCUCAGGGCAAGAGACGGAAGUGGUAAGAUCAGAGGGUCUGCUGGCCCCACCCACGGGAUCUCUGUUCUCAGUCCUCAGAACACUGAGCAGAAGCAGCCCCACCUAAGCAAGAGUCUCGAACCAGCCAGUAUCAAGCAUUACGGUACAACCCUGCCAGGGCUGACCAGACUCUGCCCACCCCUGUUGAUGGGUGUUUUGGAAUCCUCUGUCACAAAUCAUCCUCUGUGAGUAAUGGUUUUCCUCCACUAGCACUCUCCAACUGAGACCAUGGUUGGAAAAAUACUGUCUGGGAAGAACCCAGUUACUUCUUCCCAGCUCCACCAUUCUACUUUCAAGUAGCAGAAGUGACUCCACCACCUCCAUACUGUUAGUGUCCCCAUCUCCUUUUCAGGAAAACUCACUUUGAAUAGGGCUGUACACAUCCCCAAAGCUGUAACAGAUGCACAGCACCCAAACAUUCAGAACUGUGAAGGGAGAAUGCAGCUGGUAUCCUCAGAAAGGGCAGGUGUCCUUGCUGGCCCAGCACCAAGGCAGCAGGUUCAGGGACAGAUGGCCCAUCCCCUUCCUCUAGGAUUAGAUUCUACCUCAGCCAAAACACUGCCAUGGAUGGAUGGUACAGGCACCUGUGAAAUUUGUUUUUAGCGGGCAGGGAGAGGUUAGAUCUCUGGCAAACUACCAGAGAAGUCACAGUUCAUCCAGAACUCCCAAGGGGAGAGAAGGGAGCUGCAUUAUCUCUGGCAGGGAAGAAAGCAGGGGAGGCAUUUCAGUCCAGGCUGUAGCCCCACAAGGUGGCAAGGCUCUCGUAUGGUACCUGACAUUUGACUUCAAACUAGAAAUGCUCCUGUGACUAUCAUUCACAGCAGUGCUGCAGCCUGCUAUAUGCAAGGUGCCGGCUGCAUAUCCUAGGUUCAAAGGGUGCGGCGAGGGUCCAGACCAGCCUCUCCAGACCUGAGAUAUGGAGGAGUCCUAGCACCAGCAUUUCUGUGACUCCACAUCUGAUUCCUUCUCCUAGUACUCCUACCCCACAAAAUUGCAACCACAUUGCUAAGGCUAGCUGUGAGCAGGUUACAAGUAGAUCAGUCAGCCAACCACCACAACAAUCUAAAUGCAUUUUUUAUCCUCACUUUUCAGACCUAGAAACCAAGAUGUGGACAGCCCAUCACCACAAAGUGUGUGUGUGUGUGUGUGUGUGUGUGUGUGUGUGUGUGUGUGUGUGGUUAGCAGGGUUUGAAUCUCAUCUCCAGCUGCAAAGCCCCUGCUCUUCAGCAGGCUCCAGAACUUCUCCCUGGGUAACCAUGGUGAACACCUCCCUUGGAACCUUUCUCCUCUUGUUCUUUCAGGCUACAAUGUCUGAGCCCCCUACAGUGCUAGCCAAAUGUCUUUUUGUGAGCAGGCUGAGAGCUUAGAGGAGGCCAUCCUCUCUCAAUCAUGGACCUGUGGCUUUGUACUAUACUUGACAGAGUAAGUGCUCAGUAAAUACUUGUUGAAAGAAUGAAGUGUUGAAGAAUGGUUUUCUGAUUUCUUCUUGACCAUGAGCUUUGUGCCUGGAGAAAAACAGAACAGAGAUUUAAAUCAAACUCCGCUUGAC